CACUCGAACCCUCCUCCCUCAGUGUCACCGUCGGUAUUUCUCUCUCUCUCUCUCUCUCUCCUCUCUUCCCGCGCUGAAAUCACCUUGAUAACGAAAUUUCUCAGCGGCGAUUAACGGCUUGGCGUUUCGUUUGAUAUUUCUCCCUGUUCUGUUGAGUUCGGUGAGGUGUGGUUGGAGGAGUAAACUAGGGAUUUGGCGUUCUUGUUGAUUUAUGAGCGGAAUUUUGGUAUCUAUUUGGGGUUUUGAGGGGAGGAUGAUUCUUGAACGAUGAACGAUGCCGCUACUGCGUAGCGGAGUGCGCAGGGGACGGGCAAAGCAGCAGAAAGACGUGUUGUGUCCGAUCGAGCCGGAAGGGGAGGCCAUUGCGACGAGGACAAGGAGAAGGAGCAAGGCAGCGGCGGCGGUGGAAGUGUUGCCUAAUAUCAACGAGAAGCGGUUGCAAGAAGGAAGCAAUCAGCAGCCGCCACCGGUUAAUGAUACGGUAGCUGCUGCUGUAGCGAAUCCGGAAGAGCAUCGAGUGCCGAAGGGAGGUUUUGAGUUUGGAGUUGGAGAGGUAGGAGGCGCUGCUGGUGGAGCCAAGAAGGAAGAAAUAGGGGAUAAGAAAAUGGAUGAUCACGACAGUGGAGCAGGAAGCAAUGAUAAAGCUCACGCUGUUGAAGAGGAGGGAAGCACAGCACCGCUUCCCGAAAAGAUUCAGGUGGGUGGUUCCCCGCUCUAUAGGAUAGAUAGAAAGCUGGGUAAGGGUGGAUUUGGACAGGUUUAUGUUGGACGGAGAGUCACCACUGUUAAUACGAAUGAGAGAACUGGCCCUGGUGCUGUGGAGGUGGCUUUGAAAUUUGAGCAUAGAAGUAGCAAGGGAUGUAAUUAUGGACCACCUUAUGAGUGGCAAGUUUACAAUACUCUUGGUGGUAGUCAUGGUGUACCUCGGGUGCAUUUCAAGGGGAGACAAGGCGACUACUAUAUUAUGGUUAUGGAUAUGCUGGGGCCAAGCUUAUGGGAUGUCUGGAAUAAUAAUGCCCAUACCAUGUCUGUUGAAAUGGUUGCAUGCAUUGCAAUUGAAGCAAUAUCCAUUUUGGAAAAGGUGCAUUCUCGCGGGUACAUUCAUGGCGAUGUCAAACCUGAAAAUUUUCUGCUUGGUCCUUCAGGGUCCCCGGAUGAGAAAAAGUUGUUUUUGGUUGAUCUUGGAUUAGCAACUAGAUGGCGUGAUAGCUCUGGCCAGCAUGUUGAGUAUGAUCAGAGACCUGAUGUAUUCAGAGGAACAGUGCGCUAUGCUAGUGUACAUGCUCAUUUGGGUAGGACUGGUAGCCGCAGAGAUGACCUAGAAUCUCUUGCAUAUACACUAAUUUUCCUUCUUCGUGGCCGGCUGCCAUGGCAAGGAUAUCAGGGAGAGAACAAAGGAUUCCUUGUUUGCAAAAAGAAGAUGGCUACUUCUCCGGAGACUUUAUGUUGCUUCUGUCCGCAGCCCUUCAAACAGUUUGUUGAAUAUGUGGUGAACUUGAAGUUUGAUGAAGAACCUAAUUAUGCAAAAUAUAUUUCACUUUUUGAUGGAAUCAUUGGUCCAAAUCCUGAAAUCAGGCCGAUAAAUACAGAUGGCGCUCAAAAGCUCAUUUGUCAGGUGGGGCAUAAGCGAGGCAGAUUGACUUUGGAGGAAGAAGACGACGAACAACCAAAGAAGAAGGUUCGUAUGGGCAUGCCUGCAACACAAUGGAUCAGUGUCUACAAUGCACGACGGCCUAUGAAGCAAAGGUAUCACUACAAUGUAGCUGAUGCAAGGCUUUGUCAGCAUAUCGAGAAAGGGAAUGAAGAUGGCUUGUUUAUAAGUAGUGUGGCCUCAUGUCAAAAUUUAUGGGCCUUAAUCAUGGAUGCUGGCACUGGGUUUUCAUCACAAGUCUAUGAGCUUUCUCCUUAUUUUCUUCACAAGGAAUGGAUAAUGGAGCAAUGGGAGAAGAACUAUUACAUCACAGCAGUAGCUGGAGUCAUUAAUGGGAGCUCAUUGGUUGUAAUGUCUAAGGGCACCCAGUACUUACAACAGUCGUACAAAGUCAGUGAUUCGUUUCCUUUCAAAUGGAUUAAUAAAAAGUGGAAAGAGGGAUUCUACGUAACAGCCAUGGCCACCUCGGGAAGUAGGUGGGGCGUUGUUAUGUCCCGUGGUGCAGGAUUCUCAGAUCAGGUGGUAGAAUUGGAUUUCUUGUACCCUAGCGAAGGUAUUCAUCGUCGAUGGGACUGUGGGUAUCGAAUCACAGCAACUGCAGCAACCAGUGACCAGGCAGCCCUUGUUCUUAGCGUGCCAAGGCGAAAACCUGCAGACGAAACACAAGAGACUCUCCGGACAUCUGCAUUUCCAAGCACCCAUGUCAAGGAGAAAUGGGCAAAGAACCUUUAUAUUGCAUCUGUAUGUUAUGGAAGAACAGUUUCGUGAGCUUCUAAAAAAAAAAAAAAAAAAAAAAGAAGGCACACGUAGAGAGACCUUGGCAUUGUGGGGGUAUCCAAGCAUAGAAUAACUCUUGAUAACCUAGUUCGAAUUAAAAUGUAAUUAAGUAGAUACUAUCUGUUAGGUUGUUGGUGAACUAUGCCAUUUAUAGAAAAAUUUGCCCCAUUGUUAAUGAUAAUUUAAGCCUAUUAGCAUAAUC